CGCCGCCGCGCUCUAUGGGCCAGCGGAGGGGACCCGCCGGCUCGGCAGCGCGCUGCCCUUGAGGCCGCAGAAGCAGCAGCCGCCGCCGCGGAGCCGGGACAUGAGCAGCGGCUGCGAGCGGCGGCGGCUCCCCGGCUAGCGGGCGCGAGGACAUGGUGCCGUUCGCCCCGCUGGAGGACGCGGAGGAGCCGGAGCCCUGCCACAAAAUGGAGCUGUGCAUGAGUGGCGGCGAGCUGAAUGGUCUUAAAAUGGUGGAUGAGCCCAUGGAAGAAGGAGAACCAUAUUCUUACAAUGAUGAAGGAAAUGUGAAAGAAAUUCCUAUUACCCACCAUGUGAAAGAAGGGUGUGAGAAAGCAGAUCCCGCACAGUUUGAACUACUUAAGGUUCUUGGUCAGGGUUCAUUUGGAAAGGUUUUUCUUGUGAGGAAAAUAAUUGGUCCUGAUGCUGGGCAGCUUUAUGCAAUGAAAGUGUUGAAAAAAGCUUCUCUAAAAGUACGAGAUAGAGUUCGUACAAAGAUGGAGAGAGAUAUAUUAGUAGAAGUAAAUCAUCCAUUUAUCGUCAAACUGCACUAUGCCUUUCAGACCGAAGGAAAGCUAUAUUUAAUAUUGGAUUUUCUCAGGGGAGGAGAUGUAUUCACACGAUUAUCCAAAGAGGUUAUGUUUACAGAGGAAGAUGUGAAAUUCUACCUCGCAGAACUGGCCCUUGCUUUGGAUCAUCUACACAGCUUGGGGAUUGUAUACAGGGAUCUGAAGCCAGAAAACAUUUUGCUUGAUGAAGCAGGACAUAUCAAGUUAACAGACUUCGGACUCAGCAAAGAAUCAGUAGAUCAAGAAAAGAAGGCCUACUCUUUCUGUGGUACUGUAGAAUACAUGGCACCUGAAGUAGUAAACAGGCGAGGCCACAACCAGAGUGCUGAUUGGUGGUCAUUUGGUGUUCUUAUGUUUGAAAUGCUUACUGGUACGCUGCCAUUUCAAGGUAAAGAUCGAAAUGAAACUAUGAAUAUGAUACUAAAAGCAAAGCUUGGAAUGCCACAGUUCCUUAGCCCUGAAGCGCAAAGCCUUCUAAGGAUGUUGUUUAAAAGGAACCCAUCAAACAGAUUAGGAGCUGGUUCAGAUGGAGUUGAAGAAAUCAAGAGACAUCCUUUUUUUUCAACAGUUGAUUGGAAUAAACUGUUCAGAAGAGAAAUUCAGCCCCCAUUUAAACCUGCUUCUGGUAAGCCAGAAGAUACCUUCUGUUUUGAUCCAGAAUUCACAGCAAAAACCCCAAAAGAUUCUCCAGGAGUUCCACCUAGUGCUAAUGCGCAUCAGCUGUUCAAAGGAUUUAGCUUUGUUGCAACUACUGCCAUAGAAGAUCAUAAAAUUUCACCCCUCACCAAUAUAUUGCCAAUAGUACAGCAACUUCAUGGAAACAGUGCACAGUUCACUGAUGUGUAUGAGCUGAAGGAGGAUAUUGGUGUUGGCUCCUACUCUGUUUGCAAGAGAUGUGUGCACAUAGCUACCAAUAUGGAGUUUGCCGUGAAGAUAAUUGACAAAAGUAAGAGAGAUCCCUCAGAAGAAAUUGAGAUUUUGAUGCGCUAUGGACAGCACCCUAAUAUUAUUACUUUAAAAGAUGUGUAUGAUGAUGGCAGAUAUAUUUACCUGGUCACUGAAUUGAUGAAGGGAGGAGAGCUGCUUGAUCGGAUUCUCAGACAAAAGUAUUUCUCAGAGCGGGAGGCUAGUGCUGUAUUGUACACUAUAACUAAAACAGUUGACUACCUUCAUUGUCAAGGAGUAGUGCAUCGAGACCUUAAGCCAAGUAAUAUUUUAUAUAUGGAUGACUCAAACAAUGCUGACUCUAUCAGGAUUUGUGAUUUUGGAUUUGCAAAACAACUUCGAGGGGAGAAUGGACUUCUUUUAACUCCUUGCUACACUGCCAAUUUUGUAGCACCAGAGGUUCUCAUGAGACAGGGAUAUGAUGCUGCUUGUGAUAUCUGGAGCUUGGGUGUUCUUCUUUACACCAUGCUGGCAGGCUAUACUCCUUUUGCCAAUGGUCCCAAUGAUACUCCUGAGGAAAUCCUGUUACGAAUAGGCAGUGGAAAAUUCUCUUUAAGUGGAGGCAACUGGGACACUGUUUCAGAUGCAGCAAAGGACUUGCUAUCCCAUAUGCUUCAUGUAGAUCCACAUCAGCGAUAUACAGCAGAGCAAGUAUUAAAACACUCGUGGAUAGCCUGCAGGGACCAGUUGCCUCAUUAUCAGCUAAACAGACAAGAUGCACCACAUCUAGUUAAGGGGGCCAUGGCUGCCACAUAUUCUGCACUGAAUCACAAGACAUUUCAGCCAGUCUUAGAACCUGUCGCAGCUUCAAGUUUAGCUCAACGACGGAGCAUGAAAAAGCUAACUUCAACAGACUUAUAGAUCCACUGGGGCAUCUUAGCCAAACUGGAGCAAAGGAAAAUCCAAUAAGUGGCUCUAUAUUUGCCUGACCUGUGAUCAAAAGACAUAUAUGGUUUCCUGCUACACUACUUGAAUUCUGUAAAAGUCCUUUUUUAAAAGAAAAAAAUCCACAGGUUCAGGGGGAUUCACACUGUGUUGUUUUACAGGUGGUGUCCAUGUUUAUUUAACUUAAACAUCAGGGUACGUCACAAAGAUCAUAAGGUAUUUCCAUACACUGUCCUUUCAGAGAUUUGUUACAAAUAUUCUUUGCAUACUGUAUAGUUUUGCUGGGUUCAUGAAGUGGUUUAGGGGACCAUUACCAAUAACCAAGUUGUACGUAAAAAGUGUCACAGUGUCGGUAUUUUUACCAUCAAACCUAUUUGUAAAAAAUCCACAAGUUCUUACUUAAAUUACUUUGUAAUUGGGCACUUACCAAUGGACUCGAUUCAUUUAACUCAUUGAUGCUAGAAGACAAACUGAUCACCUUAUUGUGCCAGUGCAAAAUGCAUUAGUGUUAAUACGGGAGUUCUACACUUGCCUGGUGCCAAGAAUUAAAAAGGUUUGUGUACAAAUAUUAAAAAAUGGGGUGCAUCUGAGACAUUGCACUUCAUCCAUAAAAUUAAAAUGAUCACUUGUGAACCAAACAACUGGAUAACAAGUGACCUUGUUUAGGGAAUGGGUGUGUCUAAUGUAUAUUUCUGUCUAUAGCAGUGGUGGGCCCACACCGCUUCCUGCAGCUCCCAUUGGCUGGAAACGGUGAACCACGGCACUGGGAGCUGUGGGCAGCCGCGCCUGCAGACAGUCAAUGUAAACUGUCUCAUGGCCCGCCAGCGGAUUACCCUGACAGGCCACAUGUGGGCCGCAGAUUGCCCACCACUGGUCAAUUGUCAUAAGCUUGGGGAAACACCCGCUAUUUUCAACAUAAGAUUUUACUGUGUCCUGUACUGAGCUAUGAAAAUGAUUAUAUUAUAAGUCUUCAAGAGUGAGAGCCUGAAUAGUAUUGGUACUACUUUAGAUAGGACAUGUGAUAGUAGUCCAAGUAGUCCAUAUGCUUUUAGUUAUCUUCUCUGUCCUUCUGUAACUUGACUGAAUUAUGCCUUCCUAUUCCAUGAGGAACAUAGGGACUUCACCACUGCCUGCCAUCUUUUGACACUCUCUUGCUGCAGUCUUAACUCUUCCUGUAUCAUUUUGAUAGCUUUCUAUUGUGUGUUUCCAUGUUAUGCUUGGUCUACCUUCUUGCCUUUUGCCCUUGGGGUUCCAGUCCAACUCCUGUCUUAUGUUCUUUUGGUCUUUCCUCCAUGUAUGUUCUAGUCAUCUUCAUUUUCGUUCCAUAGUUUCCUGACAUAUCAGUAUAUCUUGUCGUCCUCCAGAGCUCGAUUCUCCCCGCCCCCCCCCCCCCCCCGCCCGCUAUCUGAUAUUAAGGAUUUGUUUCAGGCAGUUGUUUAUGAAAACUUGGAAUUUAGAUAGUAAAGUCUUAAGUGUCCAAGUUUCAGUGCCAUCUGUUAAGAAUGACUUCACAAUGUUGUUAAAUAUUUGAAAUUUUAUUUGAAGGGCAAGAUUUCUGUUUCUUCAGAUCAGCUUUAGAGUUAUGAAGGCAUGUCUGGUUUUCGCUAUUUUGACUUUAAUGUCUGUCCUACCUGUUGUACUUGAUAUGUGAAAUAUUGGACCGAUUCUAUGUCAGGCCCAGAAAGUGUUGGUGUUUCUUGUUGUGUAUUGAUUUUCAACCCUACUAAUUGUGCAUAUGCCCAAAGAUCGUUUGUUUCAGCUUGCAUGCCUCUCUGAGCAUAGGAUAGCAAGUUGAUGUCACCUGCAAAGUCUAGAUCGUAUAACUUUUGUGUGAAACUCCAUCGUAAGACCACAGAACAAUCAAGUGGCAUUCUCAUUACCCAGUGUGCUACCAGUGAAAAGGUCCUGGGUGACAUAAGGCUGCUGGCAGUAAACUCAAAUGGUUUCACUUGCUGUAAUAUAUUACUGGCAGGUCAUAUUUUCACAGAAACUCUGUGUGAUCACAAAUUUCUGAGGGAUUCCAUAGUGGCACAGCAACUUCCAUAAAGCUGUUUUGUCCACUGUAUCAAAGGCUGUCCAUCAGUACCUGGCUAUCCCUCUGUACGUAGACUAUAUUGCUGUUCCUUUGGCAAUCUUUUCUAUUGAAGAGAAGUAUAUUCAAUGUUAGCUUAUCCUGGAUUGUUAGGUAAACUGACAUUUCAUUGUAGCAUAUUUGGCACAUAGUUUAUUAGUUUUAUUUAUUUAAAUGUAUGUAAUUGCUCCUAUGUCCCUUGGCACAUGUACAAAUAUUACAAAAGAUAAAUGCAAAGACUCAUGACCCUGUUAAAAACCCUCUCCUUGGCUAACCACAGGUGAAAUCUGGGAAAAUAAGUAAGCCUUGAAAUGUGCCAUUAAAGUCAGUAGUACAGGAUUUUGACCAAAGAGGGUGAGUAGGUUCCACGGUUGUGGACCUCACUGAAAAUAUCCUGCUGUCCUCUCACUCUCUAUUUGAAUGUCUGGGCAUUUAGUUAAGUGCCUCAGCUGACCUGAACUACUUUGGUAUAUAUCACAGAGAGAGAGAGAGUGUGUUAAUCUGUAGUACUGCCAGGUCCUAAAUGAUUUUAGAUUUUUCUAAAUAAAACCAACACUUUGAAUUGCACCUAGGAGUGAACUAGAACCUCAUGCAAUUCUCAGAGGAUAUGAUCAAAGAAAGCAUUUCAUGAAGCUUUAGAUGCUACUACACAAUUGUUCUGAUAUAGUAGCGUGAUAAACAUUUUAAAUAUUAGGAAAGUAUACUAGUGAUCUACUGCUAAAUUUGAACACAUUGAGAAUCAUUAUGACCAAAAAUCAAUUAUUGUCCUGACUUGUCUGCUAUCAUUGAAUUUCUAAUGCCAUAAUGUUUUUAUAGCAGAUCAUAAAAUGUUAAUCUGAGGCGAGGGGGAGACUUUGCAUACUGAGAUAAUACAAUGCUGUGAAGGCUUUUGCGGGGAUUCUGGAACAGCAAAAGUAGCAGUAACUCAUCCUAAAAUGUGGAGGUGACUCGCUGCUUUUUUUGUUGUCAUUGGGAGUACUGUAGAUGUGCAAGAGGUAGGAAUUGCCUUACUGAACAAUUAAGUAUUUUAAAUUGGGAUGCUUAUAGUAUGGGAUUUAAUAAAUAUGAAGAACAUGUGUAUGCUAGUGUGUCAUGCCUGCUACUCAGUUUCUUGGGUAUAAUAGGGUGUUGGAAAUAUUAGGGCCCAUUUGUACCUAAUUUGAGGUACCUGUUUGAAAUGCUUGAAAAGUAACAAAGAACACAGCUGCCACAUGGGAAAAGUACUACUUAGAAAGAAUUCUGCAUCUUGCGUGUUCUAUGCUUUUUUCAUUACUAGAGACCUUUGCGUGCAAUUAAGUGUACACCUCUCCCUGUUUCCCACCUAAUAUUGUAAUAUUAAAAACUAUUUCUAUCAAAAUUGAGAUCACAAAAAAUCAGACUCUGGGUGGGGAACAGAGCAAAAAGCCCAUUUAAAAACAAAGGUCCAUUUGUAAUGUAGAUUUUAAUGUUAAAGUAAUAAAAAUGCGGGAAGGAGAACAUCUAAGAUGCUAAGCUUAAUUGUUUUCAAUUUUUUCCCUCAUAAAGUUGCAGCUGGUCUUUUUUGGUUUUAUUCAUGAGUGAUUUAGCAGUGUUUCAUUGGUAUUUUCACUUAACUUUUUCAGACCCACUGUGCAAUAAGCACCUUACAAGUAUUGUGCACUAAAUUGGUAAUAAGCAGGCCAAGAUACUUAGCAUGUAAUGGUGUCUUCCUGGAGUGGAGGUUAGGGCUGUAAAGAGGAAAAAUGUACAGAGACAUGCUGAUUGGUGAACACAGAAUUUAGUGUUCGUGAAUUUCUAAGUCAGUCCUGCAGUUUAGAUAAGAACAUCACGACGCUCCACUACAAGUGGCACUUCCUGAGCAGAAAUAAGGUUUCCUUGGCUGCACCAUUAGAGGGGUAAUCUUUUCACAGAGACAAACUGUGUAGACAACACCUUUGUUAUAUUUGACACAAAACACCAGGCCUACAUGGCAUGUCUAUUUCCACUUUUAUUUUGGGAAUAAGGCACACUUAUUGUAACUAGUGCAAACAAAAUCCUGUCUAGAUGCUUAAAAUUUCAUCAUGUCAAUCUUUCAGUUUCUGUGUUUAUUGCUGGAAUCCAGAAUAAAGUUUCACCUUCACAUUUCCAAAA